AUGCCGACAAUAGCGCAGCAGCUAGAGGAGGUGCGGCCGCCUCCGCAGAAGCAGGAGUUGCAGCAGGUGUCCGUACACAGUACAAUCUCCCGGAGGCUUCCCAGUUCCUUUGAGCUAUUUAUCAGCGCUGCUGUGAGCGGGCUGGUUACAAAGACAGUCUGCGCCCCCAUGGACCGUUUGAGGCUGCUGUACCAGGUACAGGGCAUGCUGCAGCACAGCGCCCAGCAGCAGCAACAGCAGCAUUCGCCGUCUCGUAUAGCACUGCAACAGAGCAGCUGUUCUUGCGGAGUAUCCCCUGGUGUUCAGCUGAACAGAAACUUGAAUGAAGCGGUUGUAUCUGGAAAAGACAGAUGUGGUUUCACCUACAAAGGGGGUGGAAAAGACACCAUCAGAUACACAAAAUACAGAGGCAUCCUAUCGGGUCUUCGGCUUGUCGUGGAAGAAGAAGGGCUUAAGGGUCUCUGGAGGGGCAACGGAGUCAACGCAGUCCGAGCUGCUGCUUGCUACGCCAUCAAGUUCCCUGCAAACGAUCUCGCGAAGCGAGCCCUCUCCAGCAGUAGCAUCAACAACAACAACAACAGCAACAACAACAACAGCAACGGCAGCAGCCGUCCGAGCAUGGGCUCUCUGUUGCUUUCAGGGGCCCUCGCUGGCUCGCUGCAGAAGACCCUAUCUUAUCCGUUGGAUUUACUUUCCGUCAGAAUUGCAGUUGGCAUCAACGCAGAUCAACUUGGGAAACAUCACGAAACAGUAGCAGCAGUAGCAGCAGCUGCUGCACCUCCACCAAACAGCAGCAGCAGCGGCAGUGCCACCAAUGGUCCCUAUCCCAACAACAACCGCAGCGUGAGCGGCCUCACAAUGAGCAGCAGCACUAAGAGCUGGAAGACCAACAAAGACAACAGCAACAUCAACAGCAGCAGCAGAAAGGGUUACAAUGGAGUAGUGGACUGUGCUCGCCGCGUGUGGCAGCUAGAGGGCCCGUCAGGAUUCUUCAAAGGCUUUUCUGUGACCCUUCUGUCGGGAGUUCCGUACGUCAUGCUGCAGAUGUCCUUCUUCGACUUAUCUCAAAGGACUUUGGGUGAUGCAGCGCAACGGCGAAGCGCUGGCGGAUCUUGGCCCCUUGUGUUGCUCACCGCAGGCGUUUCAGUUGUCCAGGUGUAUCGUUGGUAUCCCGUGGCUUAA